AUGGACAAAGCCAGUAAGACGUGCUCGAUUAUCUCAAAGAAGACACUCCGUCACAAGUAUGAUAAAAGAACUGGCAGACUCUUUCACAUAGGCUCCACGAACAAAGUCUCCAUUGUCUCAGCUCUGGCUGAACAUGGUCAUUGGCCUGGUAUCAUCCAUAAAGCCACAUCAAUCCGAACCACUAUAGGCCAACUUGGACUCAGCUUUGCCCGAACAAGCGCCUUCGCAGCUUAUCUCGAUCAUGAGACCCCCUUCUGUGGAUUCAGCAGAAAGAUCUUUCAAGCUUAUCAAGUCUUACCUGGCCAAGGCACACGUUCUCUAUGGGGUGAAUAUGUCCAGGAAGCCAGUCCCCCCAAGAGUACGGUCGGUGCCUACUCCUUGAUCGUCUCCCAUCGAAGGAUGAUUUCUGGGUGUACAAACGCUGAAAGAACCGACUCAGAAUACGCCGGGAGUGACCGAGACUGGUCCAGUGACGAUGAUUCUGUGAUUUCUUCCACGGAGAUCACUCCACACUACCCUGAGUCGCUGUCAAUGAGGCAUUUCCUUGACAAAUUCGUGGAGGCAUCAGAUGAAUUCUUCGAAGUGGAUUUCAGCCUCUCCACCUCUAGAGAAGCGACUUUGUGCACCUUGGGUGCCUCGAGUAGGCUCAAAGAACGUCGCAACAUGAUGAACAAAUACCAAGAGUCAGAUAUUGUCGACCCGUAUUGGUCCCACAUUGGUGUCAAGGGUCUUUUGGAGUACUUGGAGGAGGAUAUUAUCCAGCAAAUCCACUACGACAUGCAGAACCAAGACGACUAUAUCGCUUCUCAGCCGAUACUACUUGAAGGCAAUUCGGAACAUUAUACAACAACGAAGCUGAACAUCCAGGCAUACAAUGGUGAAGAUAUUGGCGAUCGACAUGGAGAUAACAACAAGGAUGACCACCAAGCCCCCCACGAAUUCAAUCACAAGGCAAAAUCUUAUUGA